AUGGCAUCAGUGAAGCUGGAAGACUGCAGUCAAACACUGGAGCUGAAUGCCAACAUUAAAGAUGAAGAAGAGGAGGAAAAGAUUGGGAAAUCUGUUUCUCAUGGCCGACUCAGAUUAAGUCUGAGGCCGGUAACAUCAACAGUGAGGGCAAACCCAGCCUGCCUCUCUCCUUCCACACUGAGUCCAACCCUAAACCUACAGUCACUGGGUCCUGAUUGUGACAGUGGAGCCCAGUUUGCACUGGAGGAGCCAGAGAUGGCAUCAGUGAAGCUGGAAGACUGUAGUCAAACACUGGAGCUGAAUGCCAACAUUAAAGAUGAAGAAGAGGAGGAGACGAUUGUUUCUCAUGGUCACAUUGAGACAUUCUCUACAUCCAGAGAGCAACAGCAGGAAGAUCACAGAGCUAAUAGGUCUCACCACUGCCCACAUUGUGAGGAGAUUUUCCCAUUUCUAUCAAAGCUAAAAAUACACCUAAAAAUACACACAGGAGAGAAGCCUUACUCCUGCUCUGACUGUGGGGGGAGAUUCUCUCGACGGAGCCACUUAAAAAGACACCAACAAAUACCACAGGAGAGAAGCCCUACUCUUGCUCUGACUGUGAAAAUGCUUCACAACAUCAUCUGACCUAACAGUUCACCAGAGAACACACACAGGAGAGAAGCCUUUUUCCUGCUCUGACUGUGGGGGGAGAUUCUCUCAACUGAGCAGUUUAAAAAAAACACCAACAUAUACACACAGGAGAGAGCCUUACUUCUGCUCUGACUGUGUGGAAGAGUUUCUCCCUAUUGGAUACCUUAAAAGCACACAUGAACGUAUACAUACAGGAGAAAAGCCUUACUCCUGCUCUGACUGUGGGAAGAGGUUCUCUCAACAGAGCAACUUAAAAAAAACACCAACGUUUACAUACAGGAGAAAAGCCUUAUUCCUGCUCGGACUGUGAAAAGAGUUUCUCCCAAUUGGAUAAGUUAAAUAGUCACCAGCGAAUACA